AUGUCCUCGCCACCACGAAGUAGAGCCGCGUCUAGAGACCCCCCGAUCAUGCUGUCGUCGUCGACUAAGGCCGGGACCCCCAAAUCAGCAUCGCGGUCCACGUCGCCCCGACGUGACUCGUCCGACAUUGAGCGAAUCAGCAAGGAGAAGGUGCUGGUGAUGCACCAAGAGGCCCAGCACAUGCAGGAAUCGCUGGCCGAGAUCUUUGACCGCAUUGUCAAGGUCAAGGAGGAGUACGAAAAGCUGGAUACCGAAAACAAGUUCCUUCAGGACUACAUUGGCAACCUCAUGGCCACUUCCAUGUAA